UUUCAGCCACUAGAUGGCAGUAUAACGCCAUUGUUUUGGUCAGAACAGCCAUUACAAUACUUGGUAAACGCGGAAGCAAACUUGACAACUCUGUGCGGUGCCGUGCAUUGAACUGUAAUAAAACCAAGUCACUGAUGCCGUACCAACUCUGAAGGCGUUGAAAUGAUGAAUGAAUGAGUUAAUCCAAAGCGACUUCCAGAGACCAGGGGGGUGAACUCUGCAUCAUCAACAACUGCUGCUGCUGCUGCUACAGAGUCACUUCCAAUAGGAGCUCGUUUGUUUUACAUCUCAUCCCAAGGACUAAAUAACAGUACUGUAUAUAAUAACACAAUGAUAGUUUAUAAAUUAAACAUCAGGUGUAUUUAUUGCAGAUGAUAACAGCUCCUUAUUUUCUUUAUAUAUCUUGUCAUCUCAAACAUGUUAAAUGUACAAAAAGCCAGAUUUUAAAAGUCGAUCAGCUGUUAGUAUCACCAUUUAAACAUGAUCAACACAGAAUCAGAAUGUUUAAACAAAUAAUCCACAAGAUUGUUUAUUUUAUUUUUGAAUGGCGCUGACACACAGCCUAAUAAAUCACACUGCUGUUAUCUUGCUGAGCACACGAUGCAGUUCUGUACUUCGAAAAUGUUGUACUUCCUGUUUCUGACCGGGACAAAAAACGAAGGCUGUUUUUGCUCUGCUUGUUUCUUCAGAGUAUGAACUAAACUACAAGUGAACUGUUUACUUGCGAGUGCAGUUCCCUUGUAUUGAUUGUGAAGCACCUCAUGGUUGUUUUUCUGUUUGAUAUUUUUCCUUUUUAAAGAGCAGCGUAUCCCCGUCUAUCAUUCUACUAAAUACCAGUGGAAUAGUUGUAUGAUUUUGUCUUGGAAGAUAUUCACUUCAGUUCAGGCCACUCAGGUUUCAUUUUGUAAACUCAGUGUUGACAGGUCUGCUGAGCCCCCUUUGCAGUCAGCGUUGCUCGCUGUAAGAGUGACGGUUACUAUGGCGAUCACCCCUCUGUCAUCCUAAGUCACAUGACUGGAACCUGAGUGACUUUGAGUUCUUUUGCUUAAACAUCAAUAGUAACCGGACAACCAUGAAGAAGCCGGGAGGUGGGAAAGGACUUCACAUACAAAGAGCAAACGAUGUAGCCUGAAAAUACAAUGACCGGUACAGAGUCCCGGUCAGUACCAGCUUACUGUCACCUCUGAGUGUCGUUUACAGCUGUUUUUUGGGAUGUCUGGCAAGGACAGGGUUAAGUCCGAGCGCAGGGGGAGUGGCCCCUUCUCCAGGACACGCAGUUCACUGCGCAACUCGGAGAGUGCGGAGCGAGGGAAGGGGGGAGAGAAGAGACGGAGGAGUGGAGUUAGGGGCCGCAAGCGCUCUACUGUAGGGGAGCUCGAGGGCUCGGCUCAUUCGGUCAGACCUGUCCUCACUCCCAAACGAAAGAAGGGACAAGUGACGGUGAAGAAGGAGGGAGAGGGGAAUAGAGAGAAGGUGAAGCCAAGCAGACAGAGGAGGAAAUCAGUGAAACGUGGAGUGAAACGGGAGAGCGUGGAUGAACCGGACAGCGGGACCAGGCCUGUGAAGAAGGGAAUGAAAAAACUAAAGAGCGAGGGAAUAAAAAAGGAGGAAGAAGAGCCAUUGCCUGUACAACCCGGCUCAUCAGCGGAGAGAGAGACGGAGAAAGGGAGUGUGAAAAUGGAGGGAAUAAGGAGGAAGCUCAUAGGAGCCCACAUGUCCAUAGCAGGUGGGCUCUGGAACGCUGUGCAGGGCUCCGUUACGAUCGGGGGCUGUGUGUUCGGCAUGUUCCUAGGCUCCCAGCGCUCAUGGAAGAGCCAGCCCCUGGAUGAGAAGGCAGUGGCCCGGUUCCGCCAGGCCUGCUCCCAACACGGCUUCACCCCCGACCGCAUACUGCCGCACGGGUCAUACCUGCUCAACUGUGGGUCUCCCAAACCUGAUGUCUAUGAGAAGAGCAGAGCCAUGCUCAUUGAUGAACUGAAGAGGUGUGAGCAGCUGGGCCUGACCAUGUUCAACUUCCACCCUGGCUCCACCCUCCAUGACAUAACAGUAGAGGAGUGUCUGGAUAGGAUAGCAGAUUCCAUAAACCACGCCCACCAGCACACCACUGGAGUCACGACAGUUAUAGAGAAUAUGAGCUGCCAGGGUAACACUGUUGGGGGCAAGUUCUCAGAACUGAGAGGGAUUAUUGAUCGAGUGAAAGAUAAAUCCAGAAUUGGAGUCUGUCUGGAUACCUGCCAUGCCUUCGCAGCUGGUCACGACCUCUCUGCAGUGGGCGGGGUUAAGAAGAUGCUGGAUGAAUUUGAUUGGACGGUUGGACUGCAGUAUCUCAAGGCAGUGCAUCUCAAUGACUCCAAAGGGAAGCUGGGCUGCCAUCUGGAUCGUCAUGAGAACAUUGGUGAGGGGGAGAUCGGAUUGGAGGGAUUUCGACAAAUCGUGAACGAGCCUCGCCUGGACAACAUGCCCAUGAUCCUCGAGACGCCCGUCAGGCCUGACAUGGACGGCUCACAGGAGAUCCAGUUGCUCUACUCUCUGUGCCAGUAGAGGUGGCUUUACUUUCCUUGAGCCUCAGCUUCCAUUAUACUGCUGAUCCACCCAGGCUGUGCUGGAGUUAACUAGAAAUCCACACUAUAGGGACUCAAGUCCUCUAUUUGUGAAACAUUUGGAUAGAUGAGAUUAACGAGAAAGUAACGGGUUUGUGGAAAAUCUAGCGUUCCACGUCCCCCCGUGAUGCUACAGCGGCUUAAAUAACAUCCAUGUCAUGUUUCAUUAACAUCCUGACAACUUUUUACACAUAACUUUAAAGUCUGUUUCAAAGCUCUUUUCAAUAUGUCUGCUGUAGUGCACUGGGGUUUGAUUUCUGUCCUCUGAAUCAGUGCUGCUCAACCCCGGUCCUCUGGUUUUCAUUCCAACUGAGCUUUCAAUUACUUAAUUAAACCCUUAAUUAAUAAACUAAUAAUUAGCACAAUUAGGUAUUUUUAAUUGUUUUCAGCUUUUAAACAGUUAGAGAUUUCAACUUCACUAUAAAAUGUCAUUAUAAGUAACUUAAUCUGCAACUUAUUAGGAGCCGAGAACAAUUAAAACGGUCUAAUUAAGCAAAUGAUCAGUUCAAUUAAGGGUAGUUAAGUAAUUGAAAGCUCAGUUGGAAUGAAAAUGAGGAGAUACCGGGUUCCCAGAGGACCAGGGUUGAGAAGCACUGCUCAAAACCACUGCAGGAAGAGCGAUAAAAAAACAAACGCACACUCUGGCUUUCCUGUACCAGAUCAUGGAUCGUUCUUGCUGUGUUACCUGUUUGACAAUGUGGGCAAAAUCCUGACACUAUCAGUGCACUAGAGUGACCAUUUUGAAAAUACUUUGAAACAGACUUUAAAGUUAAAAGUGUGAAAAGUUGUCAGGAUGUUAAUGAAAAGAAAUGACAGGUACGUUAUUUAAACAGUUGUAGCAGCACGUGGGGGACGCUGUAUUUUUUGGAACCCCGCUACUUGCUCGUUAAUGGUCUGCUUCUAAAAAAAAGAUACUUCAUCUCCACAAUGAUACAGCGUUCUGCAUUUAUAUAGAAUGUAUAGUAGUUUUUAUAAGAAAAAAAACACUGAAGAUGCUUAACUGUUGAAUAUAUGUUUAUAUAAAUAACAAGAAAAGAUCAAAUAAGUAUUUCCUAUAUUUGAUGUCUAUAUUUUGUAUAAAAAAAUAAAGGUAUUGUUUUUAGUUUUUCCA